CAUACGAACGCGGCCAAAACUGACGUCAUGGACUAGGGUGGUGCUGGACGUACACAACAGAUCCCCUCCUAAACUGUCUGCUGUCAUCCAUUAUUAACUGAUCAAUCUAGUUCACCUCCAAGAUGCCACUCUACGAAGGUUUAGGCAGCAUUGGAUUAAUCAACGAGAAAAAUAUUACGGUGGUUUUCGACUUUGGGGCGGCAUAUACUAAAGCUGGGUUUGCUGGAGAAACUGGACCUCGCGUAAUAGCAAGAUCAGAAGUUAAAUGCCGGGAGAGUGGGGAGACUGUGCCAGUGUUCCAGGUCAAGGAUGAGGAGGAACUGAGGCACCACCUUGUAGAUUUCAUCCAUAAGCUUUAUUUCAGGCACCUCCUUGUGAACCCUAAAGACAGACGUGUUGUGGUGAUUGAGAAUCUUCUGGGUCCAAGCAGUGUACGCAAUACUUUAGCAAAGGUUCUCUUCCGCCACUAUGAGGUCCUGUCUGUUCUUUUCGUUCCAUCCCACCUGGUGUCACUGAUGACGUUAGGAGUGACCACAGGGUUGGUGAUCGACAUGGGUUACCAAGAGACCACAGUUGUGCCUAUUUAUGAAAAUGUGCCAAUAUUAAAUUCUUGGCAAGCUUUACCCUUAGGAGCUAAAGCCAUUCACAGUUCUUUAUGUGAACUGUUGCUAGACCGUGCCGUGGCUUUAGGAGAAGACGGGAAGGAACAAAGGCUGUCUGCUGUUACUCAGGAAUUGUCUGACAAGGUUUUGGAGGACAUCAAAGUUCGUACUUGUUUUGUCACCAAUCUUGAACGAAGUGGACGUGUGCAGAGUAACAAAUAUGACAGAUCUGUGGAACCACCCCCUCCUGCUCCAAGUGCUCAGUACCCAUUGUCUGGUAGCCAUAUUCUGACCAUUCCUGGUACUGUAAGGGAGAUGGCAACAGAAGUCCUCUUUGAACGAGAUGAGGACCUGCUCAGUGUUCCCUCUAUGAUACUUAAUGCCCUCGCCAAGUGUCCGAUCGAUACAAGGAGAACUCUGGCAGAUAAUUUAUUUUUUAUUGGAGGUACUGCAACUAUGAAAGGCAUGAAGCAUCGAAUAUUGACAGAAAUACGGGCACUGGUGAAAUCUCCGACAUUUGCUGAUGUGUUACAAAUUAGUUCUUUCAAGGUUCACCAGCCACCAGCCAAAGACAACUAUGUGGCAUGGUUGGGAGGUGCUAUCUUAGGAGGAACAGAAGCUGUUGUUCAUCGCUCUCUGCUACGUGACCAGUACAUCAUAAAUGACUUAGUUCCUGAGUGGUGUAAUCUAGCAUUCAAUACCAAAGAUGAAAAUGAUGAGAAGUCAGCAUAAAGCAUUGUGUAUAUUAUAGAGGAAAAUGUUUUCUACAUUAAUAUAUUGUGUAUAAAGGUUUGAAGGAGUAAGCAUAGAAUGGAUUGAAAAUUUUAGAGAUUUUGUUCGAACAGUUCUAAUAACGAAAAAUAAUAUUUACUAAAUAUUGAUUGGGAAAAUUCUGAGUUUUUUGGUUUUUCUUAUUCUUAUAUUCUGAUCCUUUGAGGACUGUUUCACAAAGUAAUUGUAAACAUUCUUAAUGUAAAGUUAGGAAUUCUUUAUGGUCAUUGUACUCAUUUACCCAGCAACUGCACACAGUAAAAAGGAGCUCCUGACUCAUGUGGUAAUGGUUUUAUGCACUAAUUUAUUCUUAGUUUAAUGAAGGAGUGAUGUCGUUCAUGUAUUAAUCGUCAUUACCUACGCUUUCACUAUGAUGGGGGAUUGAGAGUCACUUGCUUAUAAGAAUACUUUUGUGAAAUCCUAUGUUCAAUUUUUUUUAAUCACUACAUACAUAUUGAAAAGAAUGUCUUGAUAAACUAAAAUUAUUAAUUUAAUAUACUGUACUGAAAUAAAAUAUUGAGAAGAGAUGAAGAAAAAACAUUAACUUAAUGAAAACUGUAUUGCACAUCAUACUUACUGACUGCACAUGCUGCUUGAAUGUCCUCUCGCCCAAGUCUUGUCUGGGGCUGAUCGUGUCUAAUACACUUCUUUGGGGCGUGUGGUGUUUGUAUCUUGCCAGCUCUAUAAUGGACAACCCAAAGCUGCAGCACUCUUUCUUAGGAAAAUAUUAUUCCUAGACACAAUGGAACUGUGCAUAACUUUCAUAGAGCUGAAAUGAAUCUAGAGUUACUGUAUUUUAAAGUUAAGCAAAGCUUAUAAUAAUAAAUGGAACUACUGUACUAUGAAAAGACAGUUUGUCAUAAAUUGAUUUGUGAAGGCUAUCACUACUGUGAUCCUCAGCAUACAAAGUGCCUAUUCUUUUGUAUUUAUAUGAAGGUUAAUUUGAGUGUAUUGCAGAUAUAUAUCAUUACUGUAUUAAGCAAUUAAUGUAUCAUAUGAUAACUUUAGCCUUAAAUUAUUUGCUGUAUGGCAUUACUGUGUUUCAUAUUUAUACCAUAUUAGGUUCAAUGUAUAUUAAUCAUUAUCGUAAAGCUAGCCUUACUUUAUUAUAGCAUAUCAAAACAUGUUACAUAAAAUAACAAUGCUUUACAAGUCAAAUGUAAAUAACUUUGAAGUAAAAUAUACAUUGCAAUGUUUGGUGUAAUAUUCUGAAGGUACAAAAGUGAUGAGAAAGGAAUUACUGAAUUUCUAUAUGCAGGGACAUGCAUGUAAAGUAGGUGUGGUGAGAAGACUUUGAUGGUGUGUUUGUGUAGCAUCUCAGGAGUGCUGGGUCAGCAAGUGAUGUCCUCUAGUAUUCAAAGAGAAGAUACUUUAAUUACACAACUUGUACCGAUAUGAAUGUACAGUACAGUAUAUGUAUAUAUUUAGCAAUAACACAAUGCCAGUUUACAAAGUAAUUCUUUGAAGCAAGUAAUGUGGAGUUUGCUCUUUCCUGAGUUGUUUGAUGGUGGUGUAUUUUGACUAUAUAUUUUCCAUGUUGGAAUAAUUAUUUGGUUCUCUGUUCAUAUUUACUUAUAUUAUUUUGGUAUUUUUUUAAUUAGAAAUACACAAACCUACAAGGAGACAGACGACUGCCUACUCACCCUAAAGAUUCACUAUUGAGAUGGCAAACAAAUUCAUUUAAAUAAAACAAUAUAUUAAUGUCUGUUGA